AUGGACCAUCCUAGUAAGGAUUUGGAAGACAGUGGUGCUGAGGGUGAUUUGAACAGUGUGGGCCGGGCUCAAGAGGUUUUGGAAGAGAAGAACGUUAGCCAAGGGAGGAGGAGCAGGAGGGCGGGGGGAGGACGAGGAGGAGGCCAGCAGCCUGCGCCCCCGGAGCCGACUGCAAAGGUCCUCCCUAAAGCGUCCGGAGAAGGCUCGCACGGGAAAGGACGAGCAACGGGAUCAGAGUCCAGACUGGCUCCCGAAGCCGCCAACAGACUCCACACCCCUUCCCCGCCCGGAGCCGAGGUGAUGACGAAUACAAAGUGCGACGGACGCACACGCAGCCCGCGCUUGCACGACAGUACGCGCAGGGCAGCGCGAGGGAGUCCCGGUCCGUCACCGGCGCGACUCGCGUCCCGCCUCCUCCGCUCCCGCCACCCCCGCAGCUCCGCGCCCGCCUCGGUGCGAGGCCUCCGCCGGAGCGAAGCUGCCGGCUCCCGUCUUGUCGCUUUAAGUGGUGGGGCUUGCGGGCCGCCCCUGCCGCUACUGCCUAGGUGGCCCCGCGCGCCGCUUUUGAGGGGCGAGUCAAGAUGGCGGCGGCUUUGGCUCUGUGAGGAAGACGGAAGAGGCGGCGGAGUCGGGAAGGCGGCUUCUAAGAAGAGCCAGGGGUUCUCGGGUGGCCAGGGGCGUUCGGAGUCUCCCGGGAAGUGAUACCUCAC